UUCAUCGACGUGUACAACUCACAGAUCAGAAAAUAAGCACAUCGCUUAACUUUCCAUUGGACGUAGGUUAAGUGGUUUGCGAAUUGUCGAUAUGUCUGCGUAGGUUGAGUAAUAUUUAAUCACGACACACCGUCAUUCUCUUUUACUGAUUUUGUAGGAAGUGCAUGAACGAGCUUAUUGUGUACCCAAUCUUCGUUCUUAUGAGUAAAACCACAACCAUCUAGUUUUAAGUUUUCUGCGGUGUUUGCCAGCAUGGUUAAAAUAUUGUCAAGCGGGGAAAUCGUCCAAGAUGACGACCCCAGAGCCCAAGGCUCACGAAACAGAGGAAACCAGCGGAAUGACAGGCCUAGGCAGGGAUUUGUCCAGCAUAAUGAGCAGCCACAGGGAAUGUAUCAGGGAGGACAAACUGUGUCAAUUUUUGAUUCCCUCAAUCAGAGACUGUUGGCCGCUGGAAUCCCUCGCUGGAAUAUUGGACCGUACGCAGUUGAGCCCAUAGUAUCUGUAGGCUUUAUCCUGGCAGGACUGCUUAUGGGAAUCAAGGGCUUACUGUUUGCUGCUGUACUAUUUGCUGUGUGCCAGUGGAGUUCACAGGCUGGUGGACAGGGAUUUGGUCAAUGGUUUGGAGGAGGACACGACGGUGAAAAUACGGACACUUCCUCAAGGAGGGGCCCAUCAGGGGGACCUGGAGGUAGAGGGCAAAGGCUUGGGCGUUCAUGA